AUGGAAGAUCAAUUGGUGGUCCCCGAAGCACUCCCCGCUGGUGCUUAUACUCAUCUCAACUUUGCGUUUGCCUACAUAAAUCCCGACACAUUCGAGGUGGCCCCUAUGAGCGAGAGUGACAUGGGUCUUUAUUCUCGCUUCACUGGUCUCAAAGAGGACAAUACGGGCCUUGAGACAUGGAUAAGCAUCGGUGGAUGGUCGAUGAAUGAUGCCGACCAGCCGACUGCCACCACGUUUUCGGACCUUGCGGCUUCGACAUCGGCUCAAAAGGCAUUUUUCAAAUCCUUACUGUCAUUCAUGACAACUUAUGGCUUCGACGGCGUUGGCAUUGACUGGGAGUAUCCCGUUGCUUCGGAAAGAUCUGGCAAAGCUGCCGACCUCAAGAAUUACCCAACAUUCUUGCAGAACCUAAAAACUGCACUGGGCUCAACAGGUCACAACUACGGAUUGUCAAUCACUGUCCCGUCUAGUUAUUGGUAUAUGCAGAACUUUGACAUCGUCGCGAUCGAAAAGACUAUUGACUGGUUCAAUGUCAUGACCUAUGAUCUCCAUGGAACAUGGGACUCGACAGAUCCAUACAUUGGUCCGUAUGUAUAUGCACACACUAACCUGACUGAAAUUGACCAGACAAUGGAUCUCUUUUGGCGCGACAGCAUAUCUCCUUCAAAGGUUAAUCUUGGACUUGGCUUUUACGGCGAAGCUUCACUCUUACUGAUCCGUCGUGUACAGCAGCUGGCUGCCCAUUCAGCAGUGGCGGCAAUCCAGGUAACUGCUCGGCAUCCUCUGGAACUUUGA